AUGCCGUGUGAGGAGGGCUGCUGCCCACGCGAAAAACGCGACGUCGCCGACGCGCAUCUCGGCUGGGCCCCGUGCGCCGAGCCGCAGGAGGUCUCCCCCCCGCCGGAGGAGGAGUACCUGGAGAUCGACUACGACUCGGGGAUCGAGGAGAGCUCACAGUACGUCUUCAGCCAGCGACCGUAUUGCCGCAACAUGGCGGCUGCAUGCUGCAGCCACGAUAAUGAGGAGAAAAACGAGUGCAGUGGAGGCUGUGCGCGGGAGCAGAAGCAGCACGAUAAGGGACCUUACGCGUGCGAUCAACCACCUGUGUUUCGCGGGUGGCGGCUGCAGCAGCAGCAGCAGGAGGAAACUCUUCCACCUGGCUGCGGACGCGCCGCGCUUGUUAUCUUACUGAGCGAGGCGCACCGCAGGCACCUUGCACACCUCCGUUGCCGCGGCACCUCAGAGGAGGGUGUCGCGGAGGCGCGGCGACGUUGGCGCACCGUUUCCGAUCGUCUCCUGGAGGAGUUCGAGGAGUGGGGCUAUUUCGCCGCGCGCAUGAAGUUCCACAAAAUGUAUCUUUUCGAUUUGGUGGACAACUUCUUUGACUCUGGUUCUCGCGUAAUCGAGCUGCAACGGAACAAGGAACACGUUUUAAGGCGGCUGGGGGAGCUGAAGAAGCGGAACCAGUUCUUUCUGAAGCCUGAGGCCGAGCUGCCCUUGGUACACGCCGCCGCUCCUGCCCGAACGGCGGGCGAGGGAGCGGCGACGGCGAGGCCCACCGCAGCCGCGGCGUCGCUUACUGUGAUGACCGUGGCGCGCCUGAACGAGCUCCCUUGCACCGCAUGCCAGAAGCAAUUGGAGACGGAGCCCGGCGACAUUUUGUCACCUUCGCUCGACUCCUCACUGGGGAGCGGUGGAGGGGCGAGCAGCUCACCGUGCAGCAGCGACACGGAGGAGGAUGGUGACGCGUGUUGCAGUCCACCCACUACAAGCUAUGGCUCGUGGCUCCCAGCGCCUUGCCACUGA